GGUUGAAAGGCAGCCACUAUGUAUUUAAGUCGCUUCUGUGUUCGUCCUUUCGCUGUCCCCAUGACCACGGCUUGUCCCUCAGCUUUCCUCUCCCUCCCUUAUCAACAUAGUUUGGACUCUCUUUCAGCGUGUACCCCUGCCAAUUCUUGCUUUCUUCCAUCGCAUCAUUCGAAUAGCCAGUGUUCUCGCUCUGUUUGACCCAGUGCCAAAUCAUUGACUGAAUAUUUGCCAGCUAUGUCUGCCCUGAGUGCUGCUGCCCAGAACAUCUCAUUUGUCCUGGAAGGUAUUCAUCGAGUCAAGUUCGAAGAUCGGCCUGUGCCAGAAUUGAAAGGGCCCCAUGAUGUUCUUGUGAAUGUCAAGUUCACAGGCAUAUGCGGGAGCGAUGUACACUACUGGGAACAUGGUUCCAUUGGUCAGUUCGUUGUCAAGGAGCCUAUGGUGUUGGGGCAUGAGUCGUCAGGAGUGAUCAGCCAGAUCGGUUCAGAGGUCACCGGGUUGAAAGUGGGCGAUCGAGUUGCGCUUGAACCCGGCGUGCCUUGCCGUCGGUGUGAACCGUGCAAGUCCGGGAAAUAUAACCUGUGUGAGGAGAUGGCUUUUGCUGCAACUCCUCCUUACGACGGAACUCUCGCCAAAUACUAUGUUUUGCCCGAGGACUUUUGCUACAAGGUUCCAGACACUGUGACCCUGCAGGAGGCUGCACUCAUGGAGCCCCUCAGUGUUGCGGUGCAUAUUGUCAAGCAGGCCAGUGUCCAACCCGGCCAAUCAGUGGUUGUUUUCGGAGCUGGACCAGUGGGACUUCUAUGCUGCGCUGUAGCGAAGGCGUAUGGUGCGUCUAAAGUUAUUGCCGUGGAUAUCCAAAAGCCAAGACUCGACUUUGCCAGAAGCUAUGCAGCAACUGCAACAUAUGAGCCGUUCAAAGCUAGUCCAUUGGAUAACGCAAAACGAAUCAUCGAGCAGAAUGACCUGGGCACGGGCGCGGAUGUGGCAAUCGAUGCGUCUGGGGCAGAGCCAUCCGUGCACACUGGAAUACAUGUUGUCCGCGCUGGCGGUACGUAUGUACAAGGCGGUAUGGGAAGGAGUGAGAUCACUUUUCCCAUCAUGGCUGCAUGCACCAAGGAAUUGAAUGUGAAAGGCAGUUUUCGUUACGGCAGUGGCGAUUAUAAGCUUGCAGUUUCUCUCGUUGCUUCAGGCAAAGUGAACGUCAAGGAUCUGAUUACUGGCACUGUCAAAUUUGAAGAUGCCGAAAAAGCAUUCGAAGAGGUCAAAGCUGGAAAGGGUAUCAAGACACUUAUCUCCGGCAUAGACUCAUGAGUCUUACAUACCUAGCUAGAUGAAUUGGGAACGUCAAUAUUUUCAACGUGCUG